AACAAGAUUACGCACGUGUCCUCAGUUUCUCAGUGGAGUUUAAAAAGGCAUUCUUCUAUCAUGGAGUGUUAACUGGAAAACAUCUACAACAUUUAACCUUUACAUCAAAAGAAGCUGAGCAUGCAUGCAGCAGAGGGAGAAAAAUAACAGGGAAGGGAGGAAUCAGUCAGAUUCAGAGUGUUUAAUAGUCACAUGUACAGGGUUUGCAGGUGUGAUUGCAGGGUACAGUGAAAAUCUUAGGUGCUGAGCUCCAACAUGCAAUACUAAGUGGAAUAAAAUAAUGAAAAUUGUAAUAAAAACAACAAUAGAAAUAGCACUAUAUACACCAUACAAUCUGUAGCAGUGAUUAAUAAAUAAAUGUCCAUUAGAGUAAAGCCUGUUGAGGGGGUGGGAGAAUGAGCAGCAAGACCAUUGUGUGGGUGUGGGGACAAAGUGAAAUAAGAGUAAUAAUAUACAUAUUAACAACUGCAACAGUGAUGAAUGUCGUUGGGGUGGGGGCCCUCGGGGACAGGCCAAAUUUCAGCUCUGGAGAACACAGGUGCUAGAAUCUUUCCAGUUCCCACACAGCCAUGAGUGCCAUGAAUCUGGCUAGCAAGACUACACAGGUGUGGUCAAUGGGAAGACAUAUCCAAUGAGGAGGCCCCAGAACAAUGAAGAGAUUCUGAGAAGCAGCUACAGUUAACAGAGUGGAGUGUGCUGGCCUAUUGUGUGGUUUGAUAAUUGUCUGUGGUAGGGAGCAGGGGAGGUCUCUGGCUGGUUGCUAAGCUGCAGGGAGACUUUGAGUGUCCCCUUGUAGGGGCCUCCAAUCUAGUUUUGCCAAAUCACAUCUGAAACAAGGCUAACGUGGUAGACAUGCUAAUUCAUGUAUUAUUUUAAUUGUUGUAUUGUACCAUGUGUAUCCUGUGAAUAUGACAAGUAAACUUGACUCCAUACACACAUACAGUCAAAUACAGGUGCAGGGCUAUUCAAUUAACCUUGUGUUACUGGUGUCCCAGUCCUGAUUUGAAUCAGUCCGAUUAGGGAAACAAAACAAAAAAACAGUACUGCUCUGUGGCCUCCACGGCUGUAUUCGAGUGGGAAAUCUCCAAUUAUACAAUGUCUUUGCCUGCAACCCGGUAGCAUCUGCACUGUACUUCCUGUGUUUACUAGUGUGCGAUCCUUAAAGUGGUAGCACAGGGAGACAUAUUCCCAAUGAAUAAAAUUCAUUAUAGAACAUAAAGACAAUCAGCAGAUGUUUUCAGGGGGUGUACGUUUCGAGCAAAGGAGGAAAUAAACGGUAACAAACGGCAAUAACUAGGUUUCUGGAUAAAUUUAUAUUUUGCGUUCAGCAAAUCUGUGCCUGUCAAUUUAAGAGCCUAAAGUUGCAACCGUAAAUCUCGUUAGAUCCCGUCUGUUCUUACGAAGAUCUCACGACACUUCUCUCUCUCAGUGGCGGCUGUGUUGCCCCCUGUCUCAGCCAGCACGGACGGAGUUGUUUCUGACAUUUGAAUGAAAAACAGUUUGAAUUGCUACCACUUUGGACAGAUGAAAUAAUGGCUUCAGCCUUGGAGCAGUUCGUGAACAAUGUGCGGCAGCUCUCUGCUCAAGGUCAGAUGACACAGCUGUGUGAACUGAUCAACAAGAGCGGGGAGCUGUUGGCCAAGAACCUGUCCCACCUGGACACUGUACUGGGGGCCUUGGACAUCCAGGAGCACUCCUUGGGCGUGCUGGCUGUGCUGUUUGUGAAGUUCUCCAUGCCAAACAUCCCUGACUUUGAGACGCUCUUUUCCCAAGUCCAGCUCUUUAUCAGUACCUGCAAUGGGGAGCACAUCAGAUAUGCAACAGACACUUUUGCCGGCCUCUGCCAUCAGUUGACAAACGCCCUUGUAGAACGAAAACAGCCAUUGAGAGGCGUCGGCAUUCUAAAACAGGCAAUAGACAAAAUGCAGAUGAACACAAACCAACUUACCUCAGUUCAUGCGGACCUGUGUCAGCUGUGCUUGUUAGCAAAGUGCUUCAAGCCUGUCCUCCCAUUUCUUGAGCUUGACAUGAUGGACAUCUGUAAGGAGAAUGGCGCCUACGACGCAAAGCACUUUCUAUGUUACUACUAUUACGGAGGCAUGAUCUACACAGGUCUGAAGAACUUUGAAAGAGCACUGUAUUUUUAUGAACAGGCAAUAACCACUCCAGCUAUGGCAGUCAGUCACAUCAUGUUGGAGGCCUAUAAGAAGUACAUCCUGGUCUCCUUGAUUCUACACGGCAAAGUGCAGCAGCUCCCCAAAUACACAUCACAGAUAGUUGGGAGGUUCAUAAAGCCUCUCAGCAACGCCUACCAUGAGCUUGCUCAGGUGUACGCCACCAACAACCCAGCAGAACUGCGCACCCAGGUGAACAAACACAGCGAGACUUUCACACGCGACAACAAUACAGGCCUUGUCAAGCAGUGCCUGUCAUCCCUCUACAAGAAGAAUAUACAGAGGCUAACAAAGACUUUCUUGACGCUGUCCUUGCAAGACAUGGCAAGUCGAGUGCAGCUGUCAGGGCCCCAGGAGGCGGAGAAGUAUGUCUUGCACAUGAUUGAAGAUGGCGAGAUCUAUGCCAGUAUCAACCAAAAGGAUGGCAUGGUCUGUUUCCAUGACAACCCGGAGAAAUACAACAACCCCGCAAUGCUUCACAAAAUUGACCAAGAGAUGCUGAAGUGUAUAGAGCUGGAUGAGAAACUAAAGUCCAUGGAUCAAGAAAUCACAGUAAACCCGCAGUUUGUGCAGAAGAGUAUGGGAACGCAGGAGGAUGAUGUAGGCAGCAAAACGUCAAGUUACUCCUGAGGGCCAUGGACAGGGGAGAAAACUGCCACCCUUACGGUUCUCAUUGGAUUACUUUUUUUAAAGUGGAAAAACAUUCUAUUGAGUAUGGACAUUGGUCAAGGAAAAUCUAAAUGUGUGGAAUGAUAAUUUGGUUAUUUCUUUCACGGUGUCUUGAGGAAACCUAAACAAAAAAACAAUUUUGUCAGUGUUUUAUUUAUCAUUGUUCAGGCGGAAGAGCCACUGCUGCAUUAACAACCAUAAUAAUAAAAACUGGACUUAUUUGUUCAAAAGGAAUGUGUGCUAAAGCACCGUUUUUCUGUUGCAUGAUAUUUUUUUUUAGGAAUUUCCUCAUAGGAUAACAUGCAACAUUUGAGGAAAUCUUAAGUCUCAUGUUUCGAAGAUCAAUCAUUUCCCUUGACCUGCUAGACAAAUUUUCUGGUAUAUCACAUGGAGAUUUGACAACAAAAACAAGGCUGUACUUCUGCCCAUGAACAAAUGUAGAGAGGAUAGUACAGCUUAAAAAAAUAAAACAAUUGGUGCACUGUUUUUUUCCCAUCCCCUAGAGGUCUCUCGUGUACUGUGUUGUACUGUAGUUUGCAUUUACUGCAGGUGGGAUGAGCUCUGAGCUGGAGGCAUACAUAUCUGUUAUCUGGAAGGACUCAAGAAUACAUUGAUUCAGUAAAUUGACACAAUUUUGGAUUAAAUGGAUCACAUCACA